UAUCCUAUACUUAGCACACGCGUCACGUCGGGACUGUUGUUGCUACGCAUGACAAAGCAGUUUGAUAACUACGUCAGACGAGCGACUAAAUUUAUAAUUGCAACCUACACAACUCGGAUCUUUUCAACACUAGCGAUUCAUUCAACUUUCAACAGCAACGGCUGAUCGACAUUUUUCUCAUUUUUCUCUCAACCGGCGAGCGCCAGACGGACAAAUGGCGUCUUAUCUAAACAAACACAACUACCAGCGUCUACUGUCCGAGGAUGACGCUCAACCUCCAGACUAUUUCGGCAGGACGGGCGGAAAACGAAACGGCAGCGGCCAUUCUGAGUGGACACGCAUCGACGAUCUCGACCAAUUCUUCACACAAGUUUACGUUUACUAUAACCGUCUCGGAUUUCUCUGUAUCUCCGUCGAGGAGCUCUUCCAGUUGGUUCAAUUUGCGUUCAUUGUGUUUGUGACUCUGCUGCUCGGUGUGGCGACUGAUUAUCACUUUUUGUUUAAUUACGGGGUGAAGGAGACGGUGGAGUAUGUGGAUGAGAAUGAGACAAGGCAUUCGAAUGUCGUCUUGUUGUAUGAGGGACAGUCGAUAUUCGAUGCGAUUGACUUUGGGAGAUUUCAGAGACUGAGUGAUGAUCAAGUGGUCGGUAUUGUGGUUUGUCUGCUUGUUGCUGGUCUCUUUUGGCUUGCUCGUGGUAUCUAUGGACUUCGCAAGGUUUGGGAAGCUUUUCACAUCAGGAGAUUUUAUGCUGACUAUCUCAAGAUCACUGAUUCGGACUUGCCCAACAAGACUUGGUCAGAUGUAGUCAAUGCCUUGGUAAGAUGCCAAGAAGAUUUAUCUCUUUGUGUGAAGAAAGAGAUGCUGACAGAACUCGACAUUGUGCAUCGCAUUUUAAGACGACACAACUACUUGAUUGCAAUGCAGAACAAGGGCGUCAUCAAUCACGUCUACAACUUUCCCCUAAUCGGACAACGCACUUUCUUGACUGAAGGAAUGAAAUUCAAUCUGAAACUGAUCUUAUUUAGUGAUCCAUUUGCAACUCGAUGGCAACUCAGAGAAGAAUACAAACGAUCCACAAACAGAGUUGCAUUGGCUGAAAGAAUGUCAAGUCGCUUCUUCUGGAUUGGUCUUCUCAAUCUCGUUCUUUGUCCGUUUGUAUUGCUGUGGCAAGUUCUCUAUUCGUUCUUUACGUAUGCCGAGAGUAUUCGGCGUCAGCCAGGGACUCUUGGAACACGAAGAUGGUCGUGCUAUGCAAAAAUCAGACUAAGACAUUUCAACGAACUGGACCACGAUCUAAAGAAACGACUGACGUGUGCAUACAAGCCGGCCAAGGCAUACAUGGAUGGGUUCUCAUCACGAAUACUUGCCAUCCUUGGAGAAUGUGGUGCUUUCUUUGCUGGAGCUUGGCUUGCCAUUCUUGCUAUCUUAACUGUUAUCAACGAGAACUUGAUCUUGUCUGAUAAUAUCCUGGGAGCUUACACAGUGUUAAUUCUGUUGUUUACAGUUUUCAGACUGUUGAUACCAGAAGAGAACGUUGCAGUCGAUUUAAAGAAGAGUAUGGAGAAGGUCGAUCGUUAUGUUCAUUAUUUGCCUUCGUUGUGGAAAACCGAGUCUCAUACAGAGAGGGUCAGAGGGAGGUUCUCUUGGUUGUUUCAAUACAAAGUUACUGGUUUUGCUGAGGAGCUUCUCAGUCCAGUCAUCACACCACUGCUCCUCAUGUUUUGUCUCAGACACAAAGCUCUUGAUGUUAUUGACUUUUACCAGAGGUUUACAGUCCAUGUAGAAGGUGUUGGCGACGUUUGCUCAUUUGCUCAAAUGGACGUCAAGAAGCAUGGCAAUCCAAUGUUUCUGUCUGACGAGCUGACGGAGGCGAAUGACACCGAACAAGCCGAAGACGGGAAAACUGAGAAAUCACUUUUGAAUUUCAAGGGCAAAUAUCCAAAAUGGAGACCAUCACCUACUGGAGAACAAUUUCUGUUGUCAGUUAGUCAGCAAGGUCUUCCUCCUGUGGCUGCACAGCUGGCUGAUCACAGUCCUAGUGAUCCCUGUAUGACACUUGGAGCUCUUCCUGCUGUGCCAGAGAUGAUCAGUUUGAGUCAGUUGGGUCCGAUGUCAUUGGACGAGCACCAGAGAAGGGAAAUCCAAGCACCAGAAGGGGCUGCAACCAACAAAGGGUCUGAAGUUAGAGACAACGAUGACAAGAAGACUGAUACAAUGAUAAUGAGUGAUCCUGCUGACAGUCUUACAAUGUAUUCGUUGUAUCCCACAUUGGUGCCACGUUAUCAGACCACGGGCUCACUCUAUCCGACUGCAGCUUUAGAAGCAGUGAGAGACGAAUGUGGGCAGAGCAUCAGUGCCGUGGAUCACAGCAUCAACGAACAGAUGUUGUUUGUACAGAGACAUGCUGAAGGCCAGGAGCAACGAGUACGAAAUUGCCACCAAAAAUUUCUCGGCCAAAGUCUUAACUUCAGACAAGACACCAAUUACACCAGCGAUGAGAGCACUGUGUGAAGAUUUGGUGACAGGUUACAUUUUAAUUUGUAAAGGGACAUUUACACUUUGUUACUGGACAGUCACCAUGUAGUCAAUACUUUGCGUUAGCUAUAAUAUAUGUGUAUAUUGCAUCAGACAGUAAUGAUACAUCAGUAUGCUGCCUGGCAAGGUCUUUUAUUGGCACUUGCCAAGAGGUGCAGCAAACUUAGUUAUUCAUUGAUAUUAAAGAGGAGAAACCAGAUAA